UACUUUGCAUCUCGUGAAUCAGGGGUACAUUAGUAAUUGCCACACCUUAUGCUAGUGGUUUUGAUCACUUCCUUAUUGCUGAUGAAGCGCAGUUCAAAUUUGAGAGGUGUAUGCGGUCUCUCAAAGACACAGUUGAAGACGUUCCUUCUUUUGGCAUCGGUCAUUCUUUGGGAUCCGUCAUUCAUCUCCUAAUAGGUUCAAGGUAUGCUGUGCAGAGAAGUGGAAAUAUAUUAAUGGCGUUCAAUAACAAGGAAGCGAGCUUAGCCGUUCCACUGUUUUCACCGGUUCUGGUGCCAAUGGCCCAAAACUUUGGACCACUUUUGUCACAAUUAGUGUCGUCACCAACUGUUCGCCUUGGGGCUGAGAUGACAAGAAAACAGUUUGAGAACCUUAGCCCUGCCAUUUUGAAGCAAGUUCUUCCUCUGGUUGAGCAACUACCUCCACUGUACAUGGACUUGGCCAACGGGAGGGAAGAAUUUUCCCCAAAGCCAGAAGAAACUCAGCGAUUGGUCAGAUCUUACUAUGGUAUCUCAAGAAAUCUAUUGAUAAAAUUCAAAGACGACAGCAUCGAUGAAACUCCAAGACUUGCCCAGAUCCUUAGUGCAGAAUCGGCUAUCAGUUCAAUGUUGGAUAUGUCCAUCCGCUCCUUACCUGGUGAUCAUGGCCUCCCAUUACAACAGUUUGACAUUCAGGUUUUGCCCGAUGUUCCUCCUGGAAUGGCAAAUGCAGUGAACCGCGGAGGAGAGCUUUUGGCUAAUUUAACAGCAGGAACACCGUGGGAGGCGGUUGCGAAAGAGGUGGGGAAUACAUUCACUCCAGAAUCAAAUAUUUUUCGGUCACAAAACCCCAAGGAAGUCGAUUUGCUUGUCGAUGUCAUUACCAGCUGGAUGGCCUCCAACUCUGGCCUAGGCUGCUAAACUCAUAAUACUAGAUGAUGUUGUAUCAAAUGCACAUGCGGAGUUCGUGUUUUGCUUGAAAAUUAGACACGACGAAAGUACAAGGUAAGUAAUAGUAGCAUGUUCGACAAGUUGUAACUCAACUCGCAUUGCAAGGGAAGGGAUGGUUGGGUUUAAGAUUUUAAACAAUUUACUACAAUUGUGUCACAAUAACUUGUAUUAUGUGGUAUAAAAAAUGGCUUUAACUGAA